CUCGCAGUCGCCCGCAGUUCGCAGUAGUCAUCGGUCGCCCCGCUUGCACCACGGAGAGAAGGGUUUGCGUUGCGAGCCGUAUAUAUUCAGGACCCUUGGUGUUCCAAGGCCAGUGUUUUGCUGACUUCGCUGCAGCUCGCGCACCGCGCACCUCGUGUUGAAUCGUGACAAGUGUGUUCCAUCGCCGCAGACAAAAUGGCAUCUUCGACUCCCAGCACUGCUGGUCUCAAUUCUUCGGGAUCUGUGUCCUUCAAGGCAUACCUUUCCCAGAAGGGAUCUGACAAGCCCGUGGAAGUACGUCGGUUUGGAGUGGAGCAGAAUGAAGUGACAAGCUUUGAUCUGCUCAAAAAGAAGCUUCGUCUGGUUUUCCCAAAUCUUAAUGGACAGGACUUCUCUGUUAGCUGGAAAGAUUUUGAAAAUGAUGAAAUCAUUAUUUCAUCCAAUGACGAGCUCCUUACCUUUUUGACUGAGACAUCUGAACAAGUUCGCCGCUUGUAUCUCACCGUCAAGAAUCCAAUCUCUGUCUGCAUCCAGCCUACUUUUGAGUGGAAACCAAUUGACGUUCUUCUUGGAAACGCAAUGAACUCUUCUGCUGCUGAUGAUGAUUCAGAUGAUGACGAUGAAGAGGAAGAUGGGGUUCAGUUCAGCUCUGGAUGCAAGCGACCCUGGCAGUCCUCUUUGAGGUCGUCUAAUUUGAAGUUCCAUCCCAAUGUUUACUGUGAUGGAUGCAACAAGCAUGUUCCUGGUCAUCGUUACAAGUGUUUGGAGUGUGAAGACUAUGACCUGUGCCAUGAGUGUGAAUCGCAGAACAUUCACAAGGAACAUGUCAUGCUCCGCAUUCCUCUCAGCAUGAGCCACUAUCCCAAGCUCAACAACUUUGCCAAGGGUAUGCGCUACAUGUCUGAUGCUCUGCGCAAGAUUGAAAACCGCAUCAAGAAGCAGGAGCGCCGCAUGCACAAAAUGUAUGACAUCCCUUUUGCGGAUUUCUCUGACCUUGCUGACAUGAUUCCCCACUCCAAGCGGUGCAAGAGGGACGAUAAGGAAAAGGACAAGAAGAGGGACGACAGGAAGGACAAGAAGGACAAGAGGGAAAAGAGAGACCGUAAAGAAAAGGAAUGCAGCAGCUCUGCCUCUGCAGGUUGCAGUGCUGAAGCUUCAGCCUCUUCAAGGGCCAACACUGGGUGCCCCUUCCCAUCUGGAAUUUUGGGCUCGUUCCUGAACCCACAGACUCUUGGCAACCUUCUCAGCCCCCAGAACUUGAGCACUCUGCAACAGCUGUUCCAGCACAUGUCUCCUGUGCCGGAGACCCUGCUGCAGGAGGUGGCCCAGAACCUGGCCGACGUGCGUCUGAACGACCCGGCUCCAACUGCCCCAGAGGCUGCACAGGCCGGCCCCAGCACUCCCCCCACCAACCCGUUCUCCGUGCACGCCAAGAAGGCCGCCGCCCCCGAGGCGUCCUCGUCAGGCACCCAGUCCCAGAGCCCGGUCGCUGAGAGGCCGGCGAUGCCCCUGCCCCAGGAGGCACAAGCUGCCGCGUCCGGGUCCGGGUCGUCCUCCCCCAAGUCCGGCCGCUCCUCCCGCUCCUCCAGUGCGGAGGCCGACGCCGAGGGCUGGACCGUCGUGGACGCACACUUGAAGGAAGCAGGCGGCGAACGCGACCGUGAACAGACUUCAGUGUACCCCAAGCUGCCGGCCAAGGAGCCCACCCCAGAGCAGCCUGCCGCUGCCGCUGCCCAAGUGUCCCCAGUCGCCGGCCGCCCCGCGGAGCCGCUGCCCGCAGAGGCCAUGCCUGCCACGCCCAUCCUGCACAGGGACCAAGGCGUCCAGGAGUGCUUGAGAGCCCUUGCUGAGAUGGGCUUUGAUCCUCACCAGCGCAUGAUUGUUGAGUUGGCUGUGGAGUACAAGGGAAAUGUGAACCGAGUCCUCAAUGCUCUGAUGAAUUGAUUAUUCUGUUAACCCUUUGAAUUCCUCUUGCUGAUUCUUUCCAAGUGUGGUGUAGGGUGUAUGAAUUUCUUCAUACAUAGUUUAUUCCUAUUUAAUCCUUGGUGUGUAUCAAUUUAGGAAUUAGAGAAGAAAAACUUCAUUUCUACCAUCAUGAGUAAGAAUUCUGCUUGGGGAAGGCAGUACUCAUCCUUGGUUAAGUUACAGCCUGCAGUUUUAUAGCUGCUUCCUUCAAAUUCCUUUAAUGGUUUGAAGAAUAGUAAGCUUAAAUUAUCUUACUUGUUUUUUUGUUUUUUUUACACUUUUGAGAGGAAAAAAAUUCUUUUUCCAUUUUUUUGUACAUUUCAAUUCAAUUCUGAUGAAUGUACUUGUAAUUUUUAUUUGGCUGCAUCCAGCAACAUUCCUAUCUAAAUACUCUUUACAGGUCUUUUUAUUUUUUUGAUUCUUCUUUGGAAAGGUAGCUUUCUUUUAGUCAGCUAAGCAAUGAUGAAAAGCUGCUUUGGUUAGCUUGAUAUUCUCAAGCAUUUGAUUUAAAAUCACGGUCUAGCUAUUGUGAUACUUGUGAUAGUGAUAACCUUGUGACUUGGGAAAACAGUAAGCGUGAGAAUGGUUUCCCCUCAAAUUUUGACUAUAUUUAUCUUAUUGUUAAGGUUUCUUUUGUACCUCCUAGUGAGGAAGCUGUAUUAUUUUAUAGUUUUUAUUGUAUGUACGUCGCAUCUUUUUGUUUUAUAAUCAUAUGUGAGAGUGUACUGUGUGUUGUUUUCUGGAUAUCAGGAAUAAAGAUAACUGCACUAGUA